UUGCUACUGCUGGUGCGAUUACGCAUGAUGAUCACCGUUAUGUCGUUGUAUACGUUGCAAACCAUGUAUGUUUAAUGUCCGUUAAAUAUUUUAAUUUGUUUUGUGUCGUUGAAAUACGAUUUGGUGAUUAUUAGUGAAUUUUGUGAUUUUUUUUUAAUUUAAAAUAGACUAUUAGUUCGUACAUCACCACUGAUUACGUUUUAUUUCUGUGAAUAUGAGUACUCAGUAUCAAGCAUUAUUUGCAUGUUCCAAAUGUUUUUCACGACAUCCUUUCGAAGAUCUAUCACCAGGUCAGCAGCUUUGCAAAGAAUGUCGUGGAGCAUUUCCAGUGGUGAAAUGCACAUAUUGUCGAUCCGAAUUUCAACAAACUACCAAAGGAAAUACAAGCACAAUAUGUAAAAAGUGUGAACAAAAUGUGAAAGCUUACGGCAAGCCAACUGCCUGUGAAUAUUGCAAUAUAAUUGCAGCGUUUAUAGGCAACAAGUGCCAACGUUGUACUAAUUCUGAAAUAAAGUAUGGACCCCCCGUCAACUGUGAGCAGUGCAAACAAAAGUGUGCUUUUGAUAGACAUGAUGAUGACAAAAAGGUAGAUGGGAAGUUGUUGUGUUGGUUGUGUACACUUUCAUUUAAACGGGCUUUGGCGAAAACCAAACAGGGCGAUGCAGAAAGACGAGCACAUUUAAAAAUGUCACAUCUAAGACAGUCAAAGGAUAACCAUAAAGAGAAAUUACGAAGCCACAGUAAAAGGCCUCGAAGGGCAGAUGUUACCAAAGUUCCCGUAGAAACAGAGAAUGGACCCCAAAAUAAAGUAGCCCGAAAUAAUUCCGGUCCUAACUUAGCUAGAGCUGAGUUAGACCCAACUAGUUCGGAUCAUGUAGUUGCUAUGACACAACUCAAAGAACAAAUUGCUAGUUUACAAAAGCAGCUGAGCGUUAAAGACGCCCAACUACUUAGUAAAGAUAAACAGAUAACAGAACUUAAAGCCAAACAUUUCACAAUCGAAACUGAAUUAAGAAAUAAAAUGAAAACUGCUCAGAAAGAGCACGACGACAAAUGCGAUACGUUAAGUAUCAAAAUCCAGACGUUGCUGAAGGAAAUCGCUAGUCUAUCAAAGAUAACAAAGAAGGAGCGAUUGGCAGCUACCCGUGAGAAUGCUAACAGUGGCAGUGGAACUGACAGCCCACUGACACAGUAAAAAUUUAAUAGUUGUAGUAAGUGUAAGUAUCAGCAAACAGAUAAAAAGUCUUCACAUACAUUAUAGUACACGUUUUGAACAUUAGUAGUGAAAAUAGAACUGGCGAUCGUUGACUGGUAAGAGGCAUUUUAAUUUUAGUUUUGGAGAGAUUAUUUUUUUAAUAUUACACUAAGCUGAGCGGCUUGAAACAGUUGGUUUUUGUGGUAUUAUUUUUGAAGGCUAGUGUUAGUCAUCGGUUCUUUAAUGUAAUUCUGGAACUAGCAUUCCUGAAUAGUUUUCUGCUACUCCAAUUAUUUAAAGACAAAAAUAGUGCAAGAUAAUGGCCGAAUGAAAAACUGUUUUUUAGAAAUUCUUAUUAUACCUACGUCUAAAUAACAAUACACCUAAUUCUGUAUUUACAACUGGUUUUUUGAUUUAACACGAUCGGAAUAUUUUUGACUGAAAUGCAUAUUUCAAGAAGUUUCGUAUUAAAGGUGAAAAGUGAUUUUUUAGUGAUUGAUAUUAAUAAAAAUUGAAAUAAAAUCCAUGCAUGCAUCAAUUCUUUAAUUUAUUUAGCCGUUUGUUGGUAGCCAAAUCAAAAUCUUUAAAAUUAGAAAUUACGGAGUUUUUACCGGAAUUUUCAUAUUGACUUGUGAAUAUAAGAAAAAAUUGUAUUAAUUGAAGUGAACCAUUCUUUUUUCUAAAUCAUUACACGAAUUCUACAGGAAUGUGACAGAAUAUGGUGUAUAUUUUAUAAUCUGCCAAAAUUGAAAAAGAUGUUUUAUUUUACAGGGUUGCGUCUUAAAACUACUAUUGUUCAAAUAAGUGUUCUGAUGUUUCGUUUUUCUUUUUAAUUUUUUUUUCUGUAAUCAACGUCCACAUUUGUCUGUAAAUUGGUUUUUAAGAAAGAUCUUUCUGUUUUUUUUUUUUUUGGGAAAUAUAAACAUUCAAAUGUGAGAAAGGCUGUUUUCAACUAUUUAACAGUCAGUUUAAAUAGCAUGUUUACUAUAAUUUUUAAUUGAUCGUUUUGCUUUUAAUGCAAAUUUGUGUUAGCUAAAGAACAUACUAUUUACAAUCUUGUUCAUUUUUGGGAUAAAAGAUGUGUUUUAAUUGAAAAUUAUCUGUUCUGUUAUGAAUACAAACGUUCCUACUAUUCUUAAAAUUGGUUCGUUUAAUUACGACCUUUUUUUAAGUAAAUGCGAUAUUUUUCUGAUCCUUGUAAAUCAACCUUAUUUUGUUCUUAUUGAAUAUAUAAUAAUUUUACCGUUACUAUAAAUUAUUUUAUUCCCGACGUAAAUGCCAUCACUUUUCAAUAAUCACUUCCGGAUAUUGAAAUUUAAGUUAAUAAUAAUUAGUAUGUUCUUCUGUAAAACGCAUUAUUAUUCAUAGAAGGGAAGUACUAUGAUGGCUUUUCAGUAAUUUAUGAAGUAAAAGAUCAUAUUUUUGUAUUCUAAUUAGUUUUAUCCAAAUAAAGAUUAUAUAAAGUG